AGAACACUAGACAACGAUAUCGCCAUUCCCCAAGCUCUCAAUUAUUAAAAACUAGCAUGAUAGUGAAUUAGUGACUCCACAAUCCACAUAAUACUCCAAUCCAAAGACAGCAGGAAUCUCGCGUCUCCACUCCCAAGAACACGAAUCAGAAAGACACUCUACUUCCAUCUACACAAGCACUCGCCCUGAAUCUGGUCAUACUCGGUGCUAGAUACCAGCAACAGAGAGACCCAAGUCAAUUCAUCAAUGGCUUCUCACGAUCAUCAUCAUGAACACAACCAUGACCAUGACCAUGACCAUCACCACGACCAUACCCACACUCACGGGUUUAUGUUGUCAUCCUUCCAUGGAGGUAUCAGGGAAACGGGCAACGCAAGUUCAUGGGUAGGCGCCGACGGGAAGGUUUACCACAGCCACGAUGGACUGGCACCCCAUUCCCACGAACCCAUUUACUCCCCAGGCUACUUCACCAGGAGAGCUCCCCCAAUCCUCACUAGGGAUUUCAAUGACCGAGCUUUCACCAUCGGUAUUGGCGGCCCUGUGGGUACUGGGAAAACAGCUCUGAUGUUGGCCAUUUGCAAGGUCUUGAGGGAAAAAUACAGUCUUGCUGCAGUUACGAAUGAUAUAUUCACUAAAGAGGAUGGUGAGUUCUUGAUCAAGAAUGGAGCUCUCCCCGAGGAGAGGAUUCGAGCUGUGGAAACAGGAGGCUGUCCUCAUGCCGCCAUUCGUGAGGACAUCAGCAUCAAUCUCGGCCCUCUGGAGGAGCUCUCCAAGCUCUUCAAAGCUGACUUGCUUCUCUGUGAAUCUGGUGGAGACAAUUUAGCAGCCAACUUCAGUAGGGAGCUUGCGGACUAUAUCAUAUACAUUAUCGAUGUAUCUGGCGGCGACAAGAUCCCUAGGAAAGGAGGCCCAGGGAUCACCCAAGCUGAUCUCUUAGUAAUAAAUAAGACUGACCUUGCAGCAGCAGUUGGAGCUGACUUAGCAGUCAUGGAACGGGAUGCUAUGAGAAUGCGUGAUGGGGGUCCCUUUGUAUUCGCUCAGGUGAAGCAUGGUCUGGGUGUUGAAGAAAUUGUCAACCAUAUCUUACAAGCUUGGGAAGCUGCUACCGGCAACAACCGCCAUUGAGUAUCAGUUGUUUACAGCUCAAGUAAUCAUUAUGAGAUGAGAAAGAUUCACAGACUAUGGUUUUAGUAGGAUC